AUGAGAAGGUGCUUGAGCCCCGGCCGGCUUCUGCGAAUUGGCCGCGUGCCAAUUGUGCCUGGCCGGCCUGCUCUUUCGUUCUCAUUGGCAUCCCGUCUCCAGACUCGUUUCGCCUCGACGAUAGACCGGAGAACGCUCACCGACGACGAAUAUCAACUUCUCUUCUCAUACAAUGGACCCCCAUCUAUACCCCUCGAGUCGUCGCAGAAAUCCAAUCCCGGCAGUUGGAUACCAAUACUAGAAAAAUGUGCACCGGCACUUAAUACGCAGACGAAGAAAAAGACGGAACCGGUCAAACCUGAGGAGCGGGUUAGGUCUCUGUUUGAGCACGAAAAUGAGCUCCGUCGGGCACAUGCGUUGAUGGGAUAUCUGUGGUUGGCGAGGACACAUUCAAAUUUGGAUCUAUUGGGACAUUUGGGAUUUGAGCUCAACCAGUGGUCUGCGGUGCAUGCUUACUUGACCCAGCUUAUUGAUGCAUACGAAACUCUCGUUCCAUACAUGGCCUCGCACGAUGCUUUCAAGGGGUUUGAUUGGAACGUGGGGGGUCUUUCUCUAGAAGAACUCACUGCUAGGGAUGUCCGACGUCCGAGCCAGUCCAUGAAACCGCUUCCGCCCUCCGAUAUAGUUUCUCUUGAUCUUUUGACGGAACGGCCUGCUGCGCGGGAUUUGGGUGAUAGGUUUCUGGGUGAGCUCUUGUUAAACCUAGGCUUGAUUGUUCUAAGAGCUGCCGACGCGUCAAAACAAGAAGCCAAUUUGGCAAUGUCUCACGUCUUCCGCAUCCUUGCUCGCCUGCACCACCUGGAUUUGAUAUCCGACCGAGUUUACCAGUAUCCAAAGAACGAUCCCAGCCAAGUUUCAUUCCGCCCUCCCGGCCUCAACCUACUAUCAAGCAAUAUCAUGAGUGUCUUGUCCGACGCUGCGUGGCUUGAACAUGAAGCCGCACUCGCAACGGCGGCCACCGAGGCGGGUGAGGAGCCACCUUUUCUGCCUUUCAAGGUGGGAGUCCGCGAACUUGGCCCCGAGAUCUGGUUUGAGCUGGUUCUGUGGUGCUGUGUCGAGCAUGGAUUCGCCAAGCAGGGCGCAUCUCUGGUCAAGGAGAUGAGCCAGCGGACUGGCGACAAGGCUUGGAAGAUCGACAGCUGGGCGCCUCUACUGAGGGAUCUCGACGUUGUGCAACAAACCAAUGUCAGCACUGAGACUGUCUGGCGUCGCCCAGAUGAUACCAAUCCACCUCAGACAUUCAAGCGCCUCGACAAGCCUCCGUUCAAUGGUCUCGGGAAACGAACAAUCAGCACGGAAGUAGUUGCAAGUCUGCGAAGUGGCUUGGUCAACAAGGCCUAUAACGGUGUGGGAUUCCAUGGUGCAACACCCUCGGACAUUCUUCAGCAAUCGACUUCUUUGAAUGCGUUACUCGAACCGACCAAUGCCUUGGAUGAUCUCCGACCCACGAAUAAGGCCACCAACUGGCACCUUAUCAGAGUUUUGGAGUCAGGCUGUCUGCAUCCAUAUGAAGACCCAACUUUGUUUGAGCGACUAUUACGGUCUACUCAACACGUAGUACCACCGUGGGGAGGAUACGGCUCUGCGUCAGACCAAAACCUGAGCGGCGUGACGAGAGCGCAGCUAUAUGACGAAAGUGCUGCAAUCGCCGGGUUGGUGGAACUCAAUGUCAAGGCCUAUGCCUAUAAACGUCAAGCUAGCCGCGCUUUCUACGAGUACGCUUGGCUACAAAACAUUGUCGAUGCUAGCAAGGCCUAUCACAUCCAAGCAUUCUUUAAACAGCUCACCCUUGCCAAGUCAGAACACCUUCCUUUCUUCGACUCUCAGCGAUUUGACGCCCACGAACGCGACUUAUCUUCCUUGCCGCAGGUCUCGAAUGUGACCUUGGCUGAACUUCUUGACUUGGCCGCCGUUAAUCGCGCCUAUGACUUUGGCAACUGGUUGCUUUUCAAUAAUGGUAUAGACGGCCCUGCGAUCCCGGCUUCUGUCUACGGUGACCAGGUUAUUGCGCCAUCGAUCCUCCGGUUUGCCUCUGCUUCACAAAAUACCGAACUCAGUGAAAAGGUCAUUUCCUCGCUUGGCAUGCCACUCUCUGUCAACAUGCUCAAGGCCUUAGUCAACUCAUAUAUUGACAUGGAAAAUUGGGAUCGUGCAGUUGUCACGCUCGAGUAUCUUCGUGAUUUCCGACUGAAAUCAUGGGGCUUUAGCAAUCUCACGGCACUUGGAGCCAAAAUCAUCCGACUUGAUGCGACUAUCAAGCACCAGCAGUCCAUCGGUGGCCCUGUGGACGAGAAGUUGAUCGCGAGCCUCGAGCGUGCCAACGAUAUUUUCCUGCGCUUUUACCGCAUGGAAUUCAACACGCCUGUUAGCAAAAACCGGCGAGUCACAGCCUUCCAACAAAAUGUCUUGUUGCGUCUGCUCUCCGUGUUCCGAACCCUUCCUGGUCACAUUUCAGAUCUCGCCAAGCAGGUCGACCUCAAGGCUCCCCCACCAAGCCAUCUCAAGCUCAAAUACAUUCCCGCGGUCUCUUUCCAUAACCUCCUAUCUGCCGUUGUGGACACGUACGGCAGCACAUUCGGCUUGACCAUGUGGUUCAAAUGGUGCAUCCAUCGUCUUCCACCUGACCGUGUUCGCCAGCGCGAGGGCGGCCUCACCCGCCUCCCUGCUCGCAAGGAAAUGUCCUGGCAUCAAGGCGACCCAACCUUCAGCAUGCAGUGGCUCAAACACACACAAAAGCGAGCCGUGGUCCCCAACUACAACACCAUCCGUAUCAUCGCGCAAGCCGCCAUGCGAGAGUUCGAGAUGGAACGACAUCCGAAAAAAUUCCAAUCCGACCCCUCAUGUUCAUCCUUACCUAUCCCUCAACACCAACAACUCCCCUUCUUUGCCCGAGGCCGCAUAUACAAACCCCUAAUCUCCCGCUUCGAAUUCCAAGGGCUGCCCGUCAGUAGCGGCAAACCACCUCAAACCGCCCCAGAAGCCUCUCUCGACUUUGCCGUCUGGAUGUUCCUGCGCCAUGGCAUGCCGCAGGACCAGAUUGAUCUGGAAAUACCCGGCUACAUAUCGCGCAUGUGCAGCCGUGGCGUCUUUCAUAACCCGGAGAAACGGAUGCGGGAUCGUAUCUGGGAAAUUCGACGAGACCCUUUUAUGCAAUCGGGUCCGUUUUGGAAGAUGACGCGUCCCAGGCGUAAGGGUGGUUCAAAGGCGAAGACCUUGCCGGAAUCCCAGGAUCAAAACUGA